AAUAACGAAAUGGUGGAACUACAGAGGAUACGAAUGAAAGAUGAAAUUCGAGAGUACAAGUUUCGAGAGGCAAGACUCCUACAGGACUACACUGAACUUGAAGAAGAAAAUAUCACUUUACAGAAACUGGUGUCCACACUGAAACAGAAUCAAGUUGAAUAUGAAGGCUUAAAGCAUGAGAUUAAAAGAUUUGAGGAGGAGACAGUGUUGCUUAAUAGUCAGCUAGAAGAUGCCAUCCGGCUGAAAGAGAUUGCUGAGCACCAGCUGGAGGAAGCUCUGGAAACUUUAAAAAACGAAAGAGAGCAAAAGAACAAUCUGAGGAAGGAACUCUCCCAGUAUAUCAACGUCAAUGAUAGUAUGUAUAACAACCAUAUUAAUAUAUCAGUAGAUGGAUUGAAGUUUACGGAGGAUGGGGGUGAGCCCAACAAUGAUGACAAAAUGAACGGACAUAUCCACGGGCCUCUUGUGAAACUCAAUGGUGACUAUCGAACUCCCACAGGAAGGAAAGGAGAAUCUCUGCACCCCGUCUCUGACCUCUUCAGUGAGCUCAACAUAUCAGAAAUACAGAAACUGAAGCAGCAGCUCAUGCAGGUGGAAAGAGAGAAGGCCAUUCUCCUGGCCAACCUGCAGGAGUCCCAGACGCAGCUGGAGCACACCAAGGGAGCCCUGACUGAGCAACACGAGCGAGUCCACAGGCUCACGGAGCACGUCAAUGCCAUGAGGGGGCUGCAGAGCAACAAGGAGCUGAAAGCUGAGCUUGACUGUGAGAAGGGCCGAGACCCCAGCCAGGAAGCACACGACUAUGAAGUGGACAUCAAUGGUUUGGAGAUCUUAGAAUGUAAAUACAAAGUAGCUGUUACUGAGGUGAUAGACCUUAAAGCAGAAAUCAAAGCCUUAAAGGAGAAAUAUAAUAAAUACGUGGAAAACUACACUGAAGAGAAGGCCAAGUAUGAGAGCAGAAUCCAGACAUACGACGAGCAGGUGACAAACCUGGAGAAGUCGACCAAGGAAAGCCAAGAAAAAAUGGUACACAUGGAAAAGGAGUUGCAAAGGAUGACAAGCAUAGCAAAUGAAAACCAUAAUACCCUCAACACCGCCCAGGACGAGCUGGUGACGUUUAGUGAGGAGCUGGCUCAACUCUACCAUCACGUCUGCCUGUGCAACAAUGAGACACCAAACAGGGUCAUGUUGGACUAUUACAGGCAAAGCAGAGUCACCCGCAGCGGGAGCCUGAAAGGACCAGAUGACCCUCGAGGUCUCCUUUCCCCACGGCUCGCCAGAAGAGGGGUGGCUUCACCUGUAGAAGCCAGGACCCCAACCGAGCAGGUGACAAAAGAGACCCCAGAGCCUGGCAAGGAACAGAGCCCAACAAAAACGCCUACCAUUUCUCCUGUCAUUACAGCCCCUCCUUCCUCCCCUGUCUCUGAUACCAGUGACAUCCGCAAAGAGCCGAUGAACAUCUACAACCUCAAUGCCAUCAUAAGGGACCAAAUCAAGCACUUGCAGAAGGCUGUCGAUCGGUCGCUGCAGCUGUCGCGCCAGCGUGCUGCAGCUCGGGAGCUGGCGCCCAUGAUCGAUAAAGACAAGGAGGCCUUAAUGGAAGAGAUACUGAAACUGAAAUCACUCCUGAGUACAAAGCGGGAGCAGAUUGCAACCCUGAGAGCAGUGCUGAAAGCCAACAAGCAGACAGCUGAAGUGGCACUAGCUAAUUUGAAGAAUAAAUAUGAAAAUGAAAAAGCAAUGGUGACUGAAACCAUGACCAAACUAAGGAAUGAAUUAAAGGCUUUGAAGGAAGAUGCAGCAACCUUCUCAUCCUUGAGAGCAAUGUUUGCCACCAGGUAA